AUGGUUAGUAGUAUCUUGCAGAAGAGGUUAGUGGUCCUAUUUACUGAGGGACUUGAUGAACCAUUGAAAGGUUGGGUAAAAGCCUUUGACCUACCCACCUUGGUUGAUGCAAUGAAGAAGGCUAGAAGCAUGGAGUUGGCUGCCCCUAAGUCCAGAUUUCAGUCAAAGCCUUUCUCAUUUCGUAAAGACAAGAAGAAAUUCUCUAAUCAGCCUAAGAAGUUCCCUUCCCGGAUGGAUGAUGAGCUCCAUCAAGAGAUUCGGAGGAAGAAUUUGUGUUAUUCAUGCAAAGAACCUUGGGUUCUGGGUCAUAGAUGCCAUGGGAAGAGUAAUGCUCGGCAAAUGGAAGCAUAUUCAGCCGAUGGAUCAGAUUCUGAAAAUUCAGAACAGCAACUUGAUUCGGAGGGAAGUGAGUAUGAAGAGGCUCCAGAAGGGCUUGAAAGUGAUCAAGAAGAUAGGGGUAUAUUUGCCCAACUCUCUAGCUUCCACAAAAAUGAAUCAUUCAGAGUUCGAGGAGCAUUGGGAGAACAUCAACUUGUUGCUCUAAUUGAUACUGGGGCUAAUCACAACUUCAUCGAUGCUAGGAUUGUCGCCAAGAGGGGCCUUAUCACUAAUGAUGUCGAAGACUUCAAGGUCAUGGUGGUUGAUGGAUCAACCAUUGGUUGUAAACGGAUGGUGUCAAACAUGUCAAUGAAGCUAGGUACAAAAAUGGAAGAUCGUAUUAGUAAGUUUCACUCUCUUCUGAAUCAACUAGCUGGGAUUAAUGAGAAAGUAAAAGAUGAUGAUGCUAAAGAAAUACUUUUGAAUAGUUUGCCUAAAAAUAUGUCUGGAGUGGUGUUCAGAUCAAGCAAGGUAACCAUUAGUUUUGAAGGGGUAAUAUCUACUCUACUUGACCAUAAUGGAGACUCAGAAUCUGAAGAGGUAUUAUUUGUACAUAACAAAGUAAAAAAAGGCAAAUUUUUUGUUAUUGAUAAAUUCAAGAAACAAAUUGGAUUCUUCCAAUUUUCCUACACAUUUGCCAAUUGUCUGUCUGAAUUCAAAUUCAUUAACCUGAAUUCUCUCCUUGAUGUGCUCAGAACUUUUGUUGCCCCUUUGGAAAGACUGAAGCUGGAAUACAUUGUACGGGGGGCAAAGGAUAAUUGGUACAAAACAAUUCAUUUCAUCUGGUCGUCUGAAGGGUUUACAGGCUUUUGGAAAGGAAAUGCCUUGAAUCUUUUUCGUAUGGUCCCUUUUAAAUCUAUAAACUUUGUAACAUAUGACAUGUACUGCAAUUGGUUGUUACAAAUACCUGGAAAGGAAGAAAUCAUAAACUCUGACAGACUCGCAGCUGGGGCUGUCUCAGGAAUUGUAGCCACUAUGAUAUGUCUUCCCAUGGACACUAUUAGAACUAGGCUGGUUGCACCAGGAGGUGAAACCCUAGGCGGUGUUGUUGGUUGUUUUCAGCAUAUGGUCCGCACUGAAGGCUUUCUCUCUCUCUAUAAAGGUCUUUCUCCAACACUUUUGAGCAUGGCCCCUGCAGGAGCAGUAUUUUAUGGAGUAUAUGACAUCUUGAAAGCUGCCUAUUUAAGUUCACCUAAGGGACAAAAACGGUUGAGAUGGCUGAAUCAGGAUAAAAGAGAGAGAAUAGAAACCUUAAAAGCAGAAAUCAGUUCUAAAGAGGAAGAGGUGAGGGAUAAUAGCAAACAGAUGGAGCUUGGACCAGUCAGGACCUUGGUAUAUGGAGCAAUUGCAGGUGCUUGUGCAGAGAUUGUGACAUAUCCAUUAGAAGUAGUGCGCAGGCAUCUUCAGCUUCAAGAGACAGCAAAGUUGGGCUUAGUAGCUACAUUUAAUUUCAUAGUAAAGAGAGAUGGCGCAGGAGCUCUGUAUGCUGGUGUAUUCCCCAGUACAGUGCAGGUCCUUCCUUCUGCAGCUUUGAGCUAUCUGAUAUAUGAAUUUAUGAAGGUCGUGUUGAAGAUAUCUUGAUUUUCUUUGAAUUGUGUAUGUAACUACUUGUUAUUGGAAUGAAAAGAGCUGCUGUGUUGGUGGUGUACCAAAGGUCUUUUCAAACUAUUUCCUGCAAAUUAGUUGUGGACAUGCCACUUUCCCCACACAACCACGUAGAGGAUGGUGUAGACUGUAUAAUUUUAUGUUAUGUUAAUACAUGUGAAGCUGACUUAAUUUGUAAUUUUAACUGUCAACUAGAAGUAAGUUAUCAAAUGGUUAUAAACAUUUAACCCAUCAAUUGUGGCCUAACUGGUAAACAUUGGACCUUUAAAUAGAAAAAUCAUAGUCGAGGAAGGGGUGCUGAUUUAUACAAGGUCCUCCCUGUACCGCUUCUGUGUAACUGGACAUUAUAUUGAAAUAAAGCAUCAAUCGUUAUAUUGUCA